AUGAUUUUAAAUUUCUUCAAGAUUUUUUGUUUCACUAUGGCAAUAAAAAAUUUUCCUGGACGAACACUAGGAGUAAAAUUAGGUGAAAUGUGUUUAUCUAAUCAAGAAUGUGACACAGGAUUUAGCAGAUGUCACCAGGAGUCUGGAAUUUGUUCUUGUUUACCAUACUACGCACGAGUGAACAAUACAUGUUUACAAUCUACACUUUUAGGAUUUGAGUGUGUUGUGGAUGAGCAAUGUUCAUUGAAAGUAGCUAAUAGUAGAUGCCUAAAUAAUGUAUGCGAGUGCGAAUCGAAGUUUUGGCAGUAUCGAAGACAUACAUGUUUAUCUCCUGCCAAACUGGGAGAAGUGUGUUAUAGUGACACUCAUUGUGCACUGUCGAAUGAAAAUAACCGAUGCCAGUUCACUAUGCCUGGUGUGUUUGGAUUUUGUAUUUGUGAUCCUGCUUCCCCGGACUGUAUAUACAAAGGACAAGAUUCGAUUUUGAUUAAACCUAAUAGUUCAGCAUUCAAAUACCCAUUUAGUAAACCAGAUCUGAAGAAAAAAUUUCCAUACCAAAAACGACCUUGGCAAACGGAUGAUCUGCUACUCACGACGACUACCUCAACAAUUAAACCAUUACGACCAAUGAAUAAACCACAAAUGCCUCCUCUAAAACGGCCCAUUAUAAAAACAAAUUUAACGAAUAAUGGUAUAAAAUUUACUGCCGUUCCGGUGACGAACACUCAGUCAUCUGUAAUUUCUCUCAACUACACAACACUUGCAUCGAAGAACAUAACAUUUAAACCUCAAUUUGCUAUAGUGCCCACGCCGUCACCAAUAAAAAUUUACUUAAAAAGUCCAUUGAAAGAUUCACAAAAUAAAAGCCAAACAAUUGUCAACGACUCAUCUAUAAAAGUGCAUAAGAAACCAAUUAGUAAUACAGGUAUUAUGUUAAGAAAGGGAGAACCCAAACGACGCAUUAGUCUUGGAUUUCCGUGUGUUAGCGAUGCACAGUGUAUGCGAAAUGAUGAAAACUCCAGAUGCCUACAUGGAAUUUGUGAUUGCCUACCAAACAAUAAGACAAUCGAUCAGUGUACAGCGAAAACUCGAGGUUGUUUACAGAAUACAUUCCAAUGCCGAUCUAGUGGUAAAUGCAUAAGUUGGUUCUUUGUAUGCGAUGGCCGAACAGGUGACUGUGGGGAAGACGACAAUUCGGACGAAGAAUGUUCGGGUAAUCAGCAAUGUCCAAGUACCACGUUUGCUUGUCGGUCUGGCAAAGGCCCCAGGAAUUUAUGCGUUUCUAGAUCAACGAGAUGCGAUGGUGUGAAAAACUGUCCACUCGGAGAUGACGAAGAGGGCUGCAACGCCGUUGAACAUAAAGGGUGCCCGGCGUAUACCUUCCAGUGCGGCGACGGUCAGUGUCUACCCGAGUACGAGUUGUGCAACGCCGUGGUGACGUGCGCUGACAAAUCGGACGAGUUGGAAGGCCUGUGCGGCGGCGGCGCACCGAUGACCGUUGGCAACAGGACAUCCGCCUCGCGUCCCCCGCAGCCGUUGACCCGCGUCCGUGGCGCCUACCGGCACAGCCCGGCCGAAUGCCCUUUCCGGUGUAGGAAUGGCCGGUGUCGAUCGACCGCCGUACUAUGUUCCGGUCGGGACGGAUGUGGCGACGGGUCGGACGAAUCGGGCUGUUCUGUUUGCAAAUGUCCUGCAGUUUCAUAA